AUGGCUCUCUCUCUCCUACUCCAACGACGCCUAUCGUCCCUCAGAGCCACCCUCUCCUUCUUUCCCUCUCAUCCCAAACCAUUCUGUUCUCUCUCCUCUCUCCAAUCCAACUGGUCCACGCAAACCACCUCAGACCAACCCAACAUCAAACCCUCUUCUCUCUCAGCUCGCAUGUCUUUCGUCUUCGACCAAAUUGAUGCCAUCGAAAGAGAACGCGCUCAGAAGGACCAAACACUCCAACGCAUCCGCGCAUGGCGUGAAUCGAAGAAAACUAAAGAGGAAGAAACUUUCAAUGAGCCAAUCCGUGGGAAUUCCACUGUGUCAAACUCGGCCGAGUCUGGCUCAGUUGAGUCAGAAGUGGACAAGAAGGUGGAGAGAGGAGAUGGGGUGUUGAGUAAAGAGGUGGAAUUGGUGCACCCAUGGCCGGAGUGGAUAGAACUGAUGGAGAGGUUGGUUCAGCAGAACUAUUUUGAUCAUAGGAGGAAAGACGAGGACAAGAUGGUGGAGAACUUGGGGUUUGAUAUGCCGGAAAUGGUUGAAGAAGGGUUUGAUUUUACUACGGACUGGAAGACUGUUCAGACUGCAGUGCUUAAUUUUGGGCGUGACCGGUUUGAUAUCCUGAGGUCAUUGUCAAGACAGGAUAUUCAGAUCUUAGUUGGUUAUGGAUGUCCUAGUACAGACAAGAAGGUGGUUUUUUCUGCAAAGUUGUUGAGGAAACAUGUUCACCUCGAUGAAGGAGAUGUAUGUAGUUCCUGCAGUUUGAGGAGCUCCUGCGAAAGAGCCUUUUUGUUAACUAACAAAGAGGAUGAAGCACGAACUAUAGACAUGAUGCGUGUGCUAUUGACGUAUGGUUUUGAUCCUGUGAAUGGAUCAGUACCUAACAAGUCCCUUCUGAAAAUAAAAUCUGUGAAGACUGUUGUACGAAAAUUGCUUCAUGAGGUGGUCAAAUUGAGUUCAGUCCCAAUAGAUCCAAAUCUUCCUCCUCCUGUUAUUAAGAAGCCUCCACCAAAGGUGAAGCAGCCUCCUCCUCCUCCGAAGAGAAGGGUUGGACGUGAUGACAUUGAGAUGAAAAAAGGCGAUUGGCUCUGUCCUAAGUGUGACUUCAUGAAUUUUGCAAAGAAUACCGUCUGCCUGCAAUGUGACGCCAAGCGUCCUAAGAGACAGCUGCUCCCAGGAGAAUGGGAAUGCCCUCAGUGCAAUUUCUUGAAUUAUAGGAGAAAUAUGGUAUGUUUUCAUUGUGAACACAACCGCCCACCUGAUGAGUUUAUGGGGAAUCAAAUGCAAGAGAGGCAACAUGGUCCCAGGAUGAGGUUGGAGAAAGUCACUAACAGGGCAGAGGUCUCUAAUGCAUGGAACUUUGACUUUGAUGACAACGAAUCUGAUGGGGCAGAUAUUGCUGCUUUUGAGAAUGCAGAUUCUCAAAAACUUGAUGAAGAUUUUCCCCUGGAUAGUAGGCCUCGAGGAGACAAUUUUAGGGGGCCCGAAGAUGAUUUCUAUGAGAACAAGAGGCCAAUAGGGGUGCAUGGAAGAGAAUAUUUGGAUCAUGGUCCGAAGAAACCUGGAAUGGGAUUUGAUGAUUUUGAUGAUGAAGAUGAUAUAAACAGUUAUGAGUUAGAUACUCCAAAUCGUAGCCAAGUUCAGAAGACUUCGUCAAUUGAUUUCUCUGAGCUUGAAGAUAACUCUGACUCUGAAGAUAUUGAAGGCACUGGCAACAGUUGGCCUGCUCGUCACGGAACCAGUUCCCGAACACACAAGAAACCAUCCAAGCCAAUGCGACGAAAAGCGGCUUUCUCUGACCCUGAGGAUGAUAAAAUAGGUUUUGGUUCAGAUGAUGAUCUUCCGGUUCAUCCUAACUGGAAAUCUAGUCAUGUUGCUGAUUCUAGACAGAGAACUAGAGGCAGACAGGUGAUGAAUUUCAGCUCAGAUGAUGACCUUGGGCUUAGUUCUGGCAACGAGGACAUUGGAGGCGAGGAUUUUGGAUCCAGACAGAAAAAAGGCAAUAAACGGGUUUCUAGUAGAAGUGAUUUUGGAAGGAGAGUAGGUCCCAAUUUUGAAGAUGAGUCCUCUGGUUUAGAAUCUGAUGAUGAUGAUCUACGUUCAAGUAGAGAUAGAUUUAAAGUCUAUAAAGCUGGGCCAGAUAGAAGAGGAAACACUUCCAAUGGUCGUGGAAGUAUGAUUGGUGGCAGAAGGAACUCUUUCAAGGAUGAUUUUGAUAGAUCUUCCCAGAGAUCUCGUGGUAAUAAUAGAAGAUUUCGAGGGGAUGAUUAUGAUGGGCGUGGAAUGAGUUCUAAAAAGAGUGAUUCACAGAAUAUCAAAAGCACUAGACGAGAAGGGUCUUAUAACCAGCAACGUGGAAGGUCUCGUAAUUUUGAUGAUCACUCUGAUAGUUAUUUUGAUGAUGACCGGCACAGGAGGCCGCGUAUAAAUGUCAGAUAAAUCUGAGCUAUGGUGUUGAUUGACCGCCAUAAUGUACCUAAGUUUUUCGAAUCAGCUCAUCACACUUCUCCCAUGACCGAGAAUUUGAGAAUUCAUUCCGAGGCUGCUGGAAGACCAAACAGUAUGGAUAAUUUCUGUUACACCAGCAGCACAUUGUAACCAAGAAAAGUUUCUUGCAUUUGCAGAUAAGCCACUAGGAAGUCCAAUUGGUGUGUUUUCGUACAACUUUAUGGCAAUGCAUUGCUAGAAUUUUUUGUUUGCCUUACAUGACCUGCCGAGCUGUUGUUUUGUUGUCGCACCUAACAUGCUUAGAAGCUUUCUGUCUUCCUUUAUUUCGGGACAAAUCUCGCCCAGGGCAGGUCAUUUGUAACAGGUGAUUUCUUCCUAUACACAGUUGACCCUAUUGUAGUUCAUAUUGUAACACAAUUUUCUUUCUUGGUAAUCAAUGAGAGAUAGUAAUUCUUUUAUAAAUUAAUUAUUAGAGAGGAAAAAAUUGUGUUCAUAUGAAAG